GAGAUUACCAGUAACCCUGGUAAGAUCUCUGCACCCCGAAGGUCACCCCGUGUAGAGCUCCAGGUAGUCUAGCCCAGCAGAGACCCAGCUGCGGGAUUACGCGGAUUCACCCGCCAAGGGUCAGGCGAGCCGCGCACGCAUGCGCAGAGCGAAGUAUGGUGGCGGACGCCGCCGAGCCCCUUUCCUGGGUCUGUGAAGGACCAUGCAUUUUAUUUUGUUUUGGUGUUUUGAGACAAGCUCUCCCUACGGAGCCCACGGCUGGCUCUGGACUUGCUGCGAUCUUCCUGCCCCAGCCUCUGGAGUACUAUUGGGAUUAAGACGUGCGCCCCCACAUCUGGCUAGAAUCAUUUUACUACACAGCAAUCAUUAAAAACACUGGGUACAAUAAUGAACACAAUGUGUGCGAUGGCUCAGAUCUUAACUCAUCUGAUAAAUUCUUCACUGAUUCUGGAUCGAGUGAAAAUGCCUUCCUGCUUUGGUGCCAUUAGAAAUAGAAUGAUAUCAACCCAUAAGUCUAAAAAGAAGAUCAGCGACUAUUACAGGGUGCUGAAUCUAGAAGAAGGAUGCUCUGUAGAAGAUGUCCGGGAAUCUUUUCGUAAGCUUGCAAAACAAUACCAUCCAGACAGCAGUUCUAGUGCCGCAGACUCUGCAACAUUUAUACGGAUUGAAGAAGCCUAUAGGAAUGUGCUUUCCCAUGUGAUGGAGCAAACAAAUGCCAGACACAAUAUAGUGGAAGAAACAGAAGAAGAAGAAAAAUUCAAAUAUAACACACCCCAACACCGGCAUUAUUUAAGUUUUGAAGGUGUUGGUUUUGGGACUCCGAGUCAGCGAGAGAAGCAGUAUAGGCAAUUCAGGGCAGACCGUGCAACAGAGCAGGUGAUGGAAUAUCAAAAGCAGAAACUGCAGAGGCAGCAAUUUGCUAACAGCGUAACUGUUAAAGAUGUAAGACAGAGCAGAGAACAAAAGAUAACUCAAGCAAUAGAGCGUUUAGUGGAGGACCUCAUUCAGGAAUCAAUGGCAAAAGGGGACUUUGACAAUCUCAGUGGGAAGGGAAAACCUCUGCAAAAGUUUUCUGGCUGUUCAUAUAUUGAUCCCAUGACCCACAACCUGAACAGAAUAUUAAUAGAUAAUGGAUACCAACCAGAAUGGAUCCUAAUGCAAAAGGAAAUAAACGAUACUAUUGAGCAACUCCGAGACACAGUUUUAGAGUCUAGGAAAAAACUUGGGAAUCCAAUGACACCAACUGAACAGAAGCAGUGGAACCAAGUUUGUGAACAGUUUGAAGAAAACAUUAGAAAACUAAACAAGCGAAUUAAUGAUUUUAAUUUAAUUGUUCCCAUCCUGACCAGGCAAAAAGUUCAUUUUGAUGCACAGAAAGAAAUUAGCAGAGCCCAGAAAAUAUAUGAGACUCUUAUCAAAACAAAAGAAAUUGAAGAUAAAAACUCAAACGACAAUCAGGGAGAAGAGAAAACCCCUGGGGUCAAGACAGGUUUUUUAAACUGGAUAAAUCUGUGGAAACUUAUUAAAAUAUGACCACUAGAAUAUUUGCUAUCACACUACAGCUCCAGUUCAUUUUCAACUGACAUCAAACAUAAAGGCUGGGUUACUCAUGUGCCUUUGUGUUUGUCACCAAACUACUCACACUCCCAGUUGUGUGUGAGAAAGCUAAGAAACUGAGAGAUUUUUUUUUUUUUUUUUGGUAUCAAGUGUGAACUCAGGACCUUGCACUUCCGAGGCAAACGAUGGCACCACUGAGCUAAAUCCCAGCCCUGAGUCAGAGAAAUUUUUGAUCAGCUCUGCUCAAAAGGAUAUAGCAAAAAAAAAAAAAAAAAUCUCACUUCUAAAGGAAACAAUCCAUUUCAGAGUUAAGGUAUCAGUAGUCAGGUGAAAGAGCUAGAACUGAGAUCAGUCUUGGGAGUCAUACAAAAUUCUAAAAGUCAGUGUAGUUUUAGGCUCUCAUAACUGAGAAGCAGUUAUGGUUUGCCAUUGUCAAACACAGGUACUUCAACGACAAAAAAUCCUGAAUAUUAUCAAGACACAAAACUGAAGAAGUAUGGUGAAAUGUAACCAACUAAACAUCUACAUGACCUUCCUUUUAUAUGAGUGUACUGCAGUUGUAUUCCUAAGCUUAUUAAAACCCAAAACUGUUUUAAGACUUUUAGAGAACAUCCUUAUAGGUGAGAAGAUUAAGAUCAGGAAAUUAGUUUGAUUGCUGCAUUCUUUUUAUUAUAAGGUCUUCUCUCUGGGUACUGAAUGAAAAAGAAAAAACCAAACAUCUGGGUUGUACUUUUUCUUGCCUAGUUUCAUUAUGCAUCGGCUGUAGAAUGAUCCAGCAAGUUAGUUGAUUUAGAAAUUCCUUAAGUCUCUCCAGUUAAAUCAGACUCCUUAGAGGCUUUUGAGUGAUCCUAACCUGCCUUAGGGGACCCUUUAAUAAAUAAAGACAAGAUACAGUAUCUGAAUUUUAUGCAUUUGUAUCUUUGGCUAAUGACAAGAGAUUGAAAUUUAGGAUAUUAUUAUGUCCUGUCCACUUCCAGAAAAUCUAAUGUUUAGCCAGGCUUGGUAGUGCACAUCUGUAAUCCAAGUAUUUAGGUCAAGGCAUGAGUUUGAGACAAGCCUGGGCUACA